AUGGUCCUCGGAUGUGAUCACUGGAAUGGAGGCGGCAGGUGGGCCUGGCAACCCAGACCCCUCACGGCCCGCACACGCCACGUCAGGCCGUACCUGGCUCGUAGCGUCGCCGGCCGCGGCACUCAGGAGGCGGCACCCUGGGUCGGGGUCCGAGCUGGGCUCGGCCUCCCUUCUCGGACCUCACCCGCAGCAGCCGCCCCGCCCAAGCGCCUUCUGAUUGGCUCCUUGCGUGUCUGCUUCCGGCGCCCUGCUCGCUCGGAGGCUGCAGAGCUGGCGAGCCAGGGGGAAUCGCAGAGUCGCGACAGUCUGUCUGAAACGUCUCCGUCAACAUCUUCAGAAGUAUAUAAGAUCAAGUUUAUAUUUCCAAAUGGCGACAAGUAUGAUGGUGACUGUACGAGGACAUCUUCUGGGAUCUACGAGAGAAACGGAACAGGCAUCCACACCACUCCUGACGGGAUUGUCUACACGGGAAGCUGGAAAGAUGACAAGAUGAAUGGCUUUGGGAGACUCGAGCAUUUUUCAGGAGCCGUGUAUGAAGGACAAUUUAAGAACAAUAUGUUUCACGGUCUGGGGACUUACACAUUCCCAACUGGGGCAAAGUACACUGGAAAUUUCAAUGAAAACAGGGUAGAAGGUGAGGGCGAGUACACGGACAUCCAAGGCCUUCAGUGGAGUGGCAACUUCCACUUCACAGCUGCUCCUGGACUGAGACUGAAGCUCUACAUGUAGACAUGUUGACUGGGCUAGUGCCGAGAUGCGGCCACAGCAACUCCCUUGUAGGCAAAGCAGCUAGUCACCUGAAAUUACCUGCACCCCACUGUAAGUUUACCAAUAAAACCGUUACUCACUUA